AUGUCUAAAGCUGUUGGUAUUGAUUUGGGUACAACUUACUCAUGUGUCGCUCACUUUUCUAAUGAUCGUGUAGAAAUUAUCGCUAACGAUCAAGGUAAUAGAACUACUCCAUCUUAUGUGGCUUUCACUGAUACUGAAAGAUUAAUUGGUGACGCUGCUAAGAAUCAAGCUGCUAUUAAUCCGAUUAAUACCGUAUUUGAUGCUAAGCGUUUAAUUGGUCGUAAAUUUAACGACCCAGAGGUUACUGCCGAUGCUAAACAUUAUCCAUUUAUAGUAGUUGACAAAGAAGGUAAGCCUGCUGUUCAAGUUGAAUUCAAGGGUGAAACAAAGGUUUUCACUCCAGAAGAAAUUUCAGGUAUGAUCUUAGUUAAGAUGAAGGAAACCGCUCAAAAUUAUUUAGGUACUGAUGUCAAUGAUGCCGUGGUUACUGUUCCUGCUUAUUUCAAUGACUCUCAAAGACAAGCCACUAAGGAUGCCGGUACUAUUGCUGGUCUAAACGUUCUAAGAAUUAUUAAUGAACCUACUGCUGCUGCAAUUGCUUACGGUCUAGAUAAGAAGGGCACUGCUGAACACAAUGUAUUGAUAUUUGAUCUUGGUGGUGGUACAUUUGAUGUCUCUCUAUUAUCUAUUGAUGAUGGUAUCUUCGAAGUUAAGGCUACAGCUGGUGAUACUCAUUUAGGUGGUGAAGAUUUCGAUAACAGAUUGGUUAAUCACUUUGUUGAAGAAUUCAAGAGGAAGAAUAAGAAAGAUAUAACGUCUAAUCAAAGAGCUUUGAGAAGAUUGAGAACUGCUUGUGAAAGAGCUAAGAGAGCUUUGUCUUCGUCGGCUCAAACUUCAGUUGAAAUUGAUUCUUUGUAUGAAGGUAUUGAUUUCUAUACUUCUAUCACUAGAGCUAGAUUUGAAGAACUUUGUGCAGAUCAAUUCAGAUCAACUUUAGAACCAGUUGAAAAGGUUUUGAGAGACUCAAAAUUAGAUAAAUCCCAAGUUGAUGAAAUUGUUCUAGUUGGUGGUUCUACAAGAAUUCCAAAGGUUCAAAAAUUGGUUUCCGAUUUCUUUAAUGGUAAAGAACCAAAUAGAUCUAUUAACCCAGAUGAAGCUGUUGCUUAUGGUGCUGCCGUACAGGCUGCUAUCUUAACUGGUGAUACUUCUUCAAAGACACAAGAUCUAUUAUUAUUGGAUGUUGCUCCAUUAUCUCUAGGUAUUGAAACUGCUGGUGGUAUUAUGACUAAAUUGAUUCCAAGAAACUCUACGAUUCCAACUAAGAAAUCAGAGACUUUCUCUACUUAUGCUGACAAUCAACCUGGUGUGUUGAUUCAAGUAUUUGAAGGUGAAAGAACAAGAACCAAGGAUAACAAUAUACUAGGUAAGUUUGAAUUGGCUGGUAUUCCACCUGCUCCAAGGGGUGUACCACAAAUCGAAGUUACUUUCGAUAUCGAUGCUAAUGGUAUUUUGAAUGUUUCUGCUGUUGAAAAGGGUACUGGUAAAUCUAAUAAGAUUACAAUCACAAAUGACAAAGGUAGACUAUCCAAGGAUGAUAUUGAAAGAAUGGUCUCUGAAGCUGAAAAGUUCAAGGCUGAAGAUGAAAAGGAAGCUGAUCGUGUUCAAGCUAAGAAUGGUUUAGAGUCUUACGCAUUCUCCUUGAAGAAUACUGUUGGUGAAACAGCUUUUAAAGAAAAGGUUGGUGCUGAAGAUGUUGAAAAGAUCGAAAAGGCAGCUCAAGAAGCAAUUGAUUGGUUAGAUGCCUCUCAAGCUGCUUCUACCGAAGAAUACAAAGACAAACAAAAGGAAUUGGAAGCUGUUGCUAAUCCAAUUAUGAGUCAAUUCUACGGUGCUGGUGGCGCUCCAGGCGGUGGUAUGCCAGGUGGUGCUCCAGGUGCCGGUGCUCCAGGUGCCGGUGCUCCAGGUGCCGGUGCAGCUCCAGGUGGUUCUGCUGAAGGCCCAACUGUUGAAGAAGUUGAUUAG